AUGAGCCAAAAGUUAUUACCGGACUACUUCCGACCGGUCAAUGUGCGACCACGGCCUAUGUCGGGAGCUGAUAGGAGAGCAAUACUAAGAGCGACCGCGGAAGAGACUCAAGCCCUUCUCCCCGGCAUUCUAAGUACAGUGCCUCGGGCACCUCCAACAGCACAGUACUGUCCACGCAUCAGAUAUCCUUCUUUAAAUCCAAGGUUCAGUCCAAAGCUAUCAACCCAUGUCGAAGUCAUAUUUGGAGAUACGUUCGACAUCGCCAUUAGGGUUAAUAGCCCCUCCAGGCAAUUCCGGCAAAGUGACACGCGGAACGUGUGUGUCUUGAAUAUGGCCAACGAAAGGAAUCCAGGCGGCGGUUGGCGUAAUGGAGCUAUGGCUCAGGAGGAGGCUCUUUGCUAUCGCAGCAGCCUCAGCUCCACCCUUAAAUACCGAUACUAUCCCAUAGGAGAACGAGACGCCAUCUAUUCUCCGACCGUCGUUAUCUUCCGUGAAAGUUUCACACAGGGUCAUGGGCUGAUGGACCUGCAGAAGCCUGAACAUCUUCCUAUUGUGAGCGUUAUUAGCGUUGCUGCCCUGGAAGGACCAGAGGUGGACUAUACGGCAAAUCCAGCGGCAUUCAAGUUUCGUUCUGAUCGAGAACUGACCAAAGACAAGAUGCGGUCUAUUCUCCGCAUUGCAGGAUAUAAGAAGCAUCGGAGAAUAGUUUUAGGAGCUCUGGGUUGUGGCGCAUUUGCGAACCCAAACGCCGAGGUUGCUCAAUGUUGGUUCGAAGUCCUGAAAGAAAACGAAUUCCAGGGAUGGUGGGAGAGGAUUGUAUUUGCGGUUUUAGAUGACAUGUCGAAAGUUGCUCAGGGUGACAGCAAUUUCGAUGUCUUCCGGGAAAGGCUGCAUGGAUUGAAGGUAUGA